UAAAUGUCUUUUUUAGAGCAGAAACGCCGCCUUUUCUGUGUCUGUCGUAUAUUUAGCAGAAGAAGUUUAGUCACUACUAGUCAGUGUCAGGCUUAUUUCCUCUUCAUUUUGUAGUUUCUUUACUAGCUCGGGAGGCUAUAAAACUGUUUGAAUACGUGUUUGUCACAUGAGGAAGACAUUGUGUGCAGUUUGACCUAACCAUUAUAACACCGUUGUAAAGUCUGUUUAUAAUGAUUGUCUGCCGUGUGAGGUGAGGUAAAAAACAUCUGUGAUGUCCUGUAAACACAACAGGUGGGCUCCCCUGCAAGUGGGGAGAAAACAUUUGGUAAAUAUGCCGUGCCUGAGAGGACAUGAAUGGGAUAUUUGUAGAUGUUGUCAGGCACUAUCAUCUGCUGCAAAGUACACCACUUUUGUUUUGGUAAGAUGCACAAGUGUUAAAGAUGUGAUAUGGCACAGCCAGCUGAAAGAUAUCCCACUUUUACCUGCUUGGAUCUGAUAGGGAGCUCUUUGUUACACUCCACUGAGGUUGCCCCACUUAUCUUGGUUGUACCUAGACAGUACACUGAUGGAAAAUAUCAUAUCGCCUUGUUUUUUGUUGUUUUUUGUUUUUUAAACUAUUACUUUUUUCUCCCCCACUGAAGACGUGACAGGAUGUAAUCAAUGCAAGUUUGAGCUUGUGGCAGUCAGGCAUGAAGUGAGAGGUGCUUACUGGUAUUUUUAAGCAAAUUCUUCUCCCUGGGGUGCUGCUUAUGAGAAUGCACUCGGGACAUGAGAAUAGAACAGCCAACAAAGGAGACAGUAAUUCACAAGGGGGUGUAACAUGGAAACUCUGGACCUCAUUCACAAGGUGUGCGUGAAGGUACUGAAUGUGUUUGUAGUCUACAAACACAUUGAGAACUUCCUCAGACUGUUUUUAUGAACAAAUAAAGGAGGCUGUCUUAGAAUAUUUUAGCGCAUCUUUAAACUGCAGUGCUGUAGCAGUCCCUCAUUUCUUCAUAUAUUUCCAUAACAAUGGGAAAUGUUGAUCCCAGUCCGUGACUGAUGGUGUCCCAUUGUUUUCUUUUUUUAUCCAGGUAUGUUUUUACUACACUGGUAGUGUAUUUAGGAUCAUUGUAAUUUGGAAAAAUGAAGCUGUUGUCAAAAAAGUGCAUUCCAGAUUAUAUUGCACGGUAGAUCAAUAUAUGUACUUUCCUGUGUGCAUAAAUCCUUUAAUUUUAACAAGAUCUCCAAAACCUCAAGCUGAAAUUCAUCCCCAAGGCAUAACCUCCACAGCAUUUCACACGUUUUGCUCCUGUCCCUACCUGUGGCAUCCUUCUUACAUAUUGGUGUAAGAAGGCUCUCCCCUUUCACUCUGUCCAUGAACCUUCAACAUAUGGUCUAUUUGAACUGUACAGGCUUCUUUCUUAGGAAAACACCACUGAGUUUUCCUCUAUACCUCAUGUUAAUUUAUAGAGAAAUAUGGGUGUGACUGUAUGAAGAUUGUAUACAGCGAUUUGGAUGCACUGAUACCUGCAAGGUGGCCAAAAAGAACAUUUCCCAAGACCUACAGUAAAUUUGCAUGUACAUGCAAAGUCUGUAUUAAGGUCUAUAUAUAUCUGCAUUGAUGAGAGAAGCUCAUUAUGCUUCCUUUUCAAGCUAAUCUUUCUUUUUUUCUGUUUUUUGUAAUUAUAAUAGCAUAAACAGUGCAGCACUUCAGUUUUGAAUAUGACACCCAAGGGCAACACAGCAGUGAAAAUACUCAUCCUGAAAUGUUUACUUUGUUCUUUUGGUCAGCUUUUUAUGAGGUAAGUGAGAUGGAGUUUUCAAAGGAGUGGUCAUAUUUGGCUGGGAGAAGUAGUAUUACUCUCAGUUGGCUGGGCGUGUGCUCACAGAGGAAAGGAACAGUGUACCACAACCUAACUAACUUUAAUGAGUACCUAGUGCACCAUUGCUUUGAAAACAGCACUUUUUUCUGGUCUGCUCAGACUCUGUGGGGAGACUGACGGGAAUGUUAAUAUUAUUUUGGUGUGCUCAGCUGGGAUUUAACUGUUAAAAAGGUUAUGAUGAGGUGGUAACCCUGGGGCGGCCAGGCUGUGAAAUGACUGCUGUUCGGCACAAAAGAAAGACAGAGCAGAGAGACUGAGAAAGAAGAAUGGGCACAAGGGUCUGGGGUUGCUGGCAAGGUGUCCUCUCUACUGCGCUGCUCUAUGGCUCUUUGGCUCUGUUUACAUCCAUCCUGCACAAUGUGUUCCUGCUCUACUACGUGGAGACGUUUGUCUCCAUCUACAAGAUCGAUAAAAUCUCCUUCUGGGUGGGAGAGACUGUCUUCCUUAUCUGGAACAGUCUGAAUGACCCUCUCUUCGGCUGGCUGAGUGACCGCGCCUUUCUCAGCUCUCCACAAGCCGGCUCUCAGAUCACAAAUCCAGAGGUGGUGCUGAAGCGUCUGAAGGCCCUCGCCACAAAUGGUCCUCUCUUCGCUGUGUCCUUCCUGGCCUUCUGGGUGGCUUGGGCCAGUCCAGGCCUGCAGUUCCUGCUGUGCCUGUGUCUCUACGAUGGCUUUCUCACUAUGGUGGAUCUCCACCACAGCGCCCUAUUGGCGGACCUCGCUGUAUCUGCCAUCGAUCGCACACGCCUCAACUUUCACUGCUCGGUGUUCAGCGCUCUGGGGUCUUUCUCCGUCUUUCUGUCCUACUCUUUCUGGGAUAAAGAGGACUUUUACUCCUUCCGUAUCUUCUGUGUAACUCUGGCAGCUUUUUCCGUCUUGGGGUUUUUCUUAGUGUCUCGAAUGCUCCAGCGCCGUUUUAUAAAGGAAAUCCAUCCAAAACAAGAUGAUGCAUCAGCACUCAAAGAACUAAACGUUGGCCAUGCUCCACUUAACCACCCGGAAAAACCUGUCACUAUUGGACAGUAUCUCAAGCAGCUGUCCAGACACAGGAACUUCAUGUGGUUCGUGUCAAUGAACCUGAUUCAGGUGUUUCACUGCCACUUCAACAGCAACUUCUUCCCUCUUUUCUUAGAACAUCUCUUAUCUGACAACAUCUCUGCCUCUACGGGUUCAAUUUUACUUGGAAUCUCUUAUAUUGCUCCACACCUGAACAACUUGUAUUUCCUGACACUGUGCCAGCGUUACGGGGUUUACCAGGUUAUCCGCUGGCUAUUUAUGCUCAAACUGGGACUUAGUGUGGCUAUGCUGCUAGCAGGGGCUGACCACAUUUAUCUGCUGUGUGUCUUCAUUGCUAGUAACCGCGUGUUCACCGAGGGGACAUGCAAACUCCUGAAACUGGUGAUUUCUGAUCUGGUGGAUGAGGACUUUGUGGUAAACCGACGUCAGCAAGCCGCCUCUGCUCUCGUCUUCGGCAUGGUUGCCUUGAUGACCAAACCCGGGCAGACAUUCGCCCCACUCAUUGGCACAUGGCUGCUCUGUGUUUACACAGGUUAUGAUAUCUUUGAGAGAGAUUCUGUCAAGGACUCAGUUUCUGGGUCUCACGUCGCCUCCAGCUCAGGGAAUCCGCCUCUACGCCUGGGCUGCUUCUACAUGUUGGUGUUUGUGCCUAUCACCUGUGCCCUGCUCCAGCUGGUGGCCUGGUCUCGCUUCACGCUUCAUGGCCGCAAGCUGCAAGGGAUCAAAGCCCUGCGGCAGGGGGCCCAGCAAGGCCACCUUAUCGAUGUCAAGGCCAUAUGAACUGUUGGGCGAAGUUGCACAUGGACACUUUUACGUCAUUAGCUUUUACAGUCCUUUUUGAUAAUGUCUUGGAAGAAGAUGAGCUGCUCCGCCCUUUUUCUGCAGCUUGGCCUUCUGUGCAAUAAACUCUUACAGAUCAUGUGGCUUUGUGUACAGUGGAAAAUGCACAGCGGGCUCACUAAUCCAUGUGGAAAUGAACAUGUUGAAAUCUGCCUUAUUCUUUUUAUAUUAAAAUAAUAAAGUAUAUUUAUAUUUGAACCGAUGACCAAAACAUCAGUAAAACCAAUCAAUCUUUUGGACCAAGGGGAGAAGAGAUCGGGUGCCCUCUUUACGUGUAAUUCUGGUGUUGAGCGCAGUCUGAACGUCUUUGCUGAUCUUUAAAUUGUCAGCACCGUCAGCCUGUUUGGAAAAGCAAAAGGAGGGUAGGUUUACAACAGAGCUCCGGUUCUGAUUUCUAACUUUUCUUAACAAGUUGAUGAAGAAUUUCCAAUGUAAGUACGUUGUGUUGAAAGUGCUGUUGAUACUGCAUGAAAACACAAGUUGAUCAUUUUGCUGUACAUGUUUCACACAGAAUGCCACUUUGAUGUUGAGAACUGUAUUUUGUAAUACGUCAGUAUUGAUGAUGCAUUUGCACAACACUGCCGUUUGUCCGUUGUACUUCUAACAUUUUACUUUUAGUCCUGUGGUGAUGGAAACUGAAACAAGGAAAUUAUGCCAGUAGCCACUCACUCAAUUCUCUUUUCAAUUGUUUUUUCCCAGACGAUUACCGUACAAAGAAUGUGAGACAGUGCCACAAAUAAACCUCUGUGUUGAGAGUUAAUCAAACUCUUUAUUUUAAA